UCAACCUAUACGUAACACGUGACCGUUAAGGAGGGGGGAGAUGGGCCAAACACACUGAGACUGGAAAGUAAAGCCGGUGGCAGACCAGCAAAGGAGCGAGGUUGUGGAAGAUGGCAGUAAACGUUCGCUUGACCUCGGACUCUGCCGAUAAAUACAACCGUUAUGAGUUACUGGCAUGGGUGAACGAAUCUCUACAAACAGAGUUUUCAAAGGUUGAGCAGCUUUGUUCAGGUGCAGCGUUCUGCCAGUUGAUGGACUUGCUUUUCCCUGGUUCUGUGUGUUUGAAGAAGGUGAAGUUUCAGGCCCAAGAAGAUAUUGAGUUCUUCCAUAAUUACAAACUGUUAAACGCAAGCUUUCUGAAAUUGGGUGUAACCAUGACUGUCCCCGUGGACGAAUUGGUGAAAGGAACAUUUCAGGAGAACUUCAGUUUUACGAAGUGGUUCAAGAAAUUCUUUGAUGCCAACUACGAGGGUCAUGCUUACGACGCUUUGGCGGCUCGCGAAGGGCAAGAGAUUCUCCCUGUGCAAAUGAACGCCUCAUCGCUUAGAGAUAGACAGUUGAAGAACAAAGCAUACGCACAGGUAAAAGUGAAACGUGAAGACUCAGAUCCUGAAGAUGAAUCGUUUAACAAGAAAAUGAAACCUCAAAAUUCGUACGACCACUUCUGGCAAGAGUACUUUGACUGGGUUAGCCCUGGUAAUCUAGGAGAAAUGUAUGCUUAUUGUAACAUCUGUGAAAUCAAUUUAACUAUAAACCAUGGUGGCAAGAAUGAUUUAAAGCGACACGGUGAAUCAAAGAAGCAUCGGAAAAAUGCCCAGAAAAAAAGAAGAACAUGCGAAGUUAAAAAGACUAACAGCAACUUGGAGCGAAGUUUGCUUGACUCCUUUCCCUGUGGGUAUGCCACUUUGAAAUUCAUUGAGAAAUACUGCGGGGAUCUGGAAGUUAUUCAGAACAUGUGCAACGGUGGAAAGGUUACGCGCAUCAUGGCGCGCUAUGUGAUGGGACUAAAAUAUCCAAAGGAUAUAACUGACAUUUGUUGUCAAACUCCAUAUUGUAUUUAUUUGUACCAGAAUAUAGAUUUGGGAGAUGCAGAGAGAGCUAAUGUCAUAUUGGUGGGUUUUUUCAAUGAAACAGUUGGGAAAAGCGUGAUUCGAUUUUUUGACAUUACGCAAUGCACAGCAGAGUGUGUACAGACGGCCUUUGACUGCUUUGUAGAGACAUUUAAGAAAUUUGAUAUCCCAAUUCACAAUCUUGCUGCUUUCUAUUCUGAGGGUGGAGCUUCUGCUGAUGAUGAUAACUUUUUUUCCAGGCUAAAAGAAAUGAGCCCUAAUGUUGUUAAUAUGGGAACCCUUUCCUAUAUGGUAGACUGUGCCAGCAAUUCUGGAGUUAGAGCAAUGUCCACUCUUGUGGAUGAACUUGUUUUGGAUAUUCGUAAUCAUUUCUUAUCCUCUUCCAAAACCAACCAGAAAUUGAAGGACCUUUUUGUGAAUGUGGAACCUUUCGAUUCAGCCAGACCUGCAUCAGCACAGUGCCUUGUGCUGAGCGAAAUAAUCAAGAACAUGCUGGAGGCAUGGCCUGAUCUCAUUAAGUACUUUCAGUCUCGCACCCUCAAGGGUGACAAAAUCUGGUUAAUCUGCGAAAGGCUGGAAAGCCUCAAGGUCAGGAUGACGUUCUUGUUUUUGAAACAUGCACUGGAACCUCUGUGUACCUUCAGCCUCAAGCUGCAGAACCAGGAAAGCCUUCUCCCGCUACUGCUGAAGGACCUGAGCGGAAUGCUGCGGGUGUAUGCUGGCAGACUGCUGCUCCCCGAGGCUACGGUUAAACUACUCAAGAGUCAGGAUUUCAAACUCCUGGACAAGGCAGAGAAUGUACUGCCGCACAAUGAGCUGUGCAUCGGACCAGAAGCUGAGAAGUACCUGUCGGAACACGAAGAUGACCUUGGAGCUGCCGACAAAGGCGCGUUCUUUAAAGACGCUGCAUUGUUCUAUUCUGCUGUGAUAAUGCAGAUGCUUCAGAGACUCCCACUGAACGAUAGCGCCAUGAGAAAUAUCUCCACUCUGUUGAAUCCCGCCUGCAAAUUGAAAAUCACUGGGAAAAUGGUUUUAGACCUCGCUUCCCAACUUGGAGUUUGCAGCAACUCAGAAGAAACUAACCAGCUCAAUGAUGAGUUUCUAGAAUAUCAGCUGUCAGACAGUGAUACAGGGGCCAGUCCGUCCGGUUUGUCUACGCAACAGUACUGGAGUAAUGUUUUAAAAUUGUCUGGCUCAAGAGGGCAGCUGUCAGUUUUCCAAAGACUAAUGCUGACUUUGUUAUGCCUACCGCACCCCGCUUUAAAAGCAGAGCUAGCCUUCAGUAAGGCAGUUGAGAAUGGAGAUGCGUCGCUCAUUGAUGACAGCUUCUCUCACAGUGAGUGGGAAGACAUCACAGACCUGGACCUCACUAACGGGACUGAAGACAGCUUCCAUUCCGCUGAAGAGCCUUCCUCGCCACCGCACCCCAAACAGAACGGGGAGACCAGCUCCACAGGCAAGGCAAAAGGAGCAAUCUGCUAUUCAGGCUUAGGGAGGCUCUUGAUGAAAAACGGGGGUAGAGAUGUGGUUGAACUUUCCCGGAUGAAGUCCUGUGUUGUGCUGAUGGAAAAGAGGAUAAACUAUACUGAAAAUUUCAUUAUCCAGUCUAACCAAAAAACAGCAAAAAGCAACUCUGAUGUGGGAGAUGAGAGUUUUUGGGAUAACUCUUUUAAAGAGGGGGUGCCCAGGGGAAUAUAUGGGUGGGAUUCAAGUCUCCGACAGAAACCCCCUGCUCGCAAAAUAUAUCAGGCAGGUGCGAAUUCCUGGGAAAAACCAAAGACUGACAACUGCAGUCCAAGCACAAAAAAGAAUUUAUGCACAUCUCUGGAGAAAAAGAGUAAGACGGCUAUCUGCACCUCUACGCCAAGAAAGGCAGCCAAGAAGUCAUUUCCAUACACGGAUGGGAAAGGGUUCAGAGUUGGCGAGCUCGUCUGGGGGAAGGUGAAGGGCUUCUCCUGGUGGCCAGGCCUUGUGGCUGGCUGGCCGUACAAGCAGGCUCGUCCCUCCAUGAGGAGGGUUGAGUGGUUCGGAGAUGGCAUGUAUUCAGAGAUCUACACAGAGAUGUUGCUCCCCUUUGCAGCUUUCUCAGAGUGUUUUUCUAACACUUCCUACGCCAAUCUGCCCGCUUAUAAGGAUGCGAUCUUCCAGUCGCUUGAGAAAGCCGGUGAGAGAUCUGGGAAGACAUUUCCUCCCUGUAAGAAGGACGAGCAGCACAAAAUAAUGCUGGAGUGGGCAUUCAAAGGGUUUCAACCAGCAGGAGCAGAGGGCCUGAAACCACCUGAAAUUACAGAACCAGCAGUAGUCAUAAAAGAAACCCCUAUGGGGAUCCCUAUUGAAGAUUAUCAGCCCCCAGUGAAGAAGCAUAAAUACUACAGUAAAAGCAAAGGCUCAGCUGAGCAGGACUACACCAGAGAACAAAUGGUCCAAGAAGUUUUGCAAAAAGGAAAAAAAUUAGAAGAUUUCUGUCUGUCUUGUGGGACCGUGAGAAUCGAGAUAUUUCAUCCCCUGUUUGAAGGAAGUCUGUGCCUGAAGUGCAAGGAUAACUUCUGUGAAACAUUAUACCGUUACGAUGAGGAUGGGUACCAGUCAUACUGUACAGUGUGUUGUGCUGGCCAAGAAGUCAUUCUUUGUGGAAAUUCCAGUUGCUGUCGGUGCUACUGUAUUGAUUGCCUGGAUUUCCUGGUGGGUCCAGGGACGUUUGAGAAAGUGAAGGAGGUAGAGCCCUGGCAUUGCUACAUGUGUCUGCCUUCCAAGCGCUACGGACUCCUGAAGCAAAGGCCAAACUGGAGCGUUAAAGUUCAGGAGUUCUUUGUGAAUACCAGUGCCAUGGAAUUUGAACCCCACAGAGUGUACCCAUCUAUCCCCGCAGAUCAGCGGCGACCUAUUAAAGUCUUGUCUCUCUUUGAUGGCAUUGCCACUGGAUAUUUAGUCUUAAAGGAUCUGGGCUUCAAGGUAGACCGGUACAUUGCAUCUGAAAUCUGUGAAGACUCUAUCACUGUUGGCCUUGUCAAACAUGAAGGAAAAAUUGAACAUGUGGAUGAUGUCCGAACCAUUACAAAGAAACAUAUAGAGGAGUGGGGUCCCUUUGACCUGCUGAUUGGGGGAAGCCCCUGUAAUGACCUCUCAAUUGUCAAUCCAGCAAGGAAAGGUCUGUUUGAGGGCACAGGAAGACUGUUCUUCGAAUAUUAUCGUUUGCUGAACAUGCUUAAACCGAAGGAAGGAGACUCCCGACCUUUCUUCUGGCUGUUUGAGAACGUGGUGGCCAUGGGUGUCCGGGACAAACAGGAUAUUUGUCGCUUCCUGGAGUGUAACCCCGUGUUGAUCGAUGCAGUCAAAGUGAGUCCAGCACAUAGAGCAAGAAACUUCUGGGGUAACAUACCUGGAAUGAACAGGCCACUUGCUACUUCUUUGAAUGAUAAAGUUGAACUACAAGCCUGCCUAGAACAUGGCAGAAUAGCAAAGUUUAAAAAAGUCCGUACUAUCACAACACGUCCAAACUCCAUUAAACAGGGCAAACAAGAGCUGCUUCCUGUUGUCAUGAAUGGAAAAGAGGAUAACCUGUGGUGUACAGAGCUGGAAAGGAUCUUUGGCUUUCCCAAGCACUACACAGAUGUGUACAACAUGGGACGCGGGGCUCGUCAGAAGGUCCUUGGAAGGUCAUGGAGUGUCCCUGUGAUCCGCCACUUGUUCGCACCCCUCAAAGACUACUUUGCCUGUGAAUAGCAAGAAUAAUGCAAAUAACAAGACCUCACACUUCAAGACAACACUUUUAGGUUCCAGCAAGAAGAAACCAACCACAAGGCAGGCACAAAGACUACGGUGCUAACAUUACAGGAGGCCAUUCUUUUAUGAUACCAUCAGCUACUACCAGUUACAUGUAACUUUUUAAAAUAUACAUUGUUUGCUCAGGAUUUUUUUAAAGAUAAUUAAGGUUGUCAGACUUAGUAGUCCUGUUUUUAAACAGUUUUACAAGUAGUAAUUUUACUUUUGUUUUUUAUUUACAUCUGGGGUUUAAUGCACCACUUGCAGCAUAAUGUUGCUGUUACGAAACUGAUUCUGUUUUAAUUGGAAGGCUUGGUAUUUUUACCGCUUCACAAUUGUAGACAUCCUGAACGAGCAUGGUCAUUUACAGCCUACCUCAAAGCUUUCCUGUGAAACGCUCUGUGCCUAUCUUUUUAUAUUGGAAUUGUAUUCAGUGGCAGGAAAUGUUGGUUAAAAUUGGCUGGGAUCUGCAUUAUCCCAAUUGGGUAUCAUCACAACUUGCAUUUACCUGUUCACUUUGGAGCAUAAGGGUUUUCUUUUUUUUUUUUUUUUUUUAAUUUAAAUGGUUAUGUUUUUUAUUGUAUAAACAUGGGAAUGCCUUUUUCAGGCACAGGAGGUCAAACAGUUUUUAGCAAGGCUUCUAGAAAACGGAAGCCUUCUGUACUUCAUAAUGAAUGUGUUAUGUGCCUACCCCAAGAUGGGCUGUUACAUAUCUGUCAUUACUCUGACUGGGUUUAAAGGGCUGUUGUCUUGGGUGAUGAUCACAUAAUAAUCAAUAAUGCCUCUAUAUCAGUUGCGUGAAAUAACAUGUUUUUUUUUAGCAAAAUAAUUGAUAUAAUGAUGACGUCAAAAUUGUGCGAUUUGAGUUGAAAGGAUACUUUUUAUAUCUGAUUCAUUAAGUUUAAUUUCUUCCUAUUUUAAUAUCCCGUUAUUUUCUGUUCCUUGACGUACUCAAUAUAGUGUUUUGUGCUUAGAUUUAACCACUUCUAAAAGCUGAAUUUCUUAAGCAAGGUGGUUUUAGACAUGUCCACUAGCAGAUGUGCAACUGUCAUUUCUGCCCCCCCCCCCCCCCCCCCCCACCCCUAUUGGUUAUUUAAAAAAAAAAAAAAAAAAAAACACUGCAUCUCAGAAAUUCACCUUGUUAGAAGUGCUGUAAGUUUUUGUCUGUGAUCAAGCCCAUUAUCCGAAACAGUAUUUCAUUUUAAUGUCAGUAUUACAUGAGGAUUUAAUCUCCACGGAGGAUUUUACUUUUUGUCUAGAAGUGAAAAAACAUUCAUUUUAAGCUAUUAAAAAAAAAAAAAAAAAAAAAAAAAAAAAACUGUUUUGAGAGUUGAUCUCUUAUGUGAGAAAGUUCUGAGUUUGAUUUCUCCCAAACACGGCCGUUCCGGCGUUGAUCGUGUUCGAGUUGCUAAACGGAAAUUGAAAAGCUAAUGGAAAUGAUGGUGUGUAUUCCUGAAGGAAACCUAUUUUAAAGUAAUUUUUUACUCCAAAUGGGAGUAGAUGGUGUAAACAGAAUCAGGUAGGGAACAGAAUCAACAGUAGAAUUAAACAUCUCUCAAAAGUGCCUAUUACACUCAAGCAAAAACAAGAAGUGAGGAAGAACUUUAACAUCGGUUUGUCCUGUGAAAAGAGAUGUGUCAGGUUUAAUAUAUUCAGGAGCAAGGUGGCAAUGUUAACUAAGCUAGGCCUUCAGCUACAGCAAAGCAAUCUGCAGCAGCAUGUAAGAUGCCUUUAAAAUGCCUGCCUAAACCAGAGUACAGGCACACAAUGAACUGCAAACCUAAUGCUCUAGAAUUGCAUUGUCAAGAAGCAACCGCAGGGUCCUGUUCUGUGUAUUUCAUGUUUUAACUAGUUUUCACAAUUCUGAAAACUGACCAAUAGUACUUAAUAUGAUUAAUCAUGGGAGUAGCUUUCUACACUUGUGGUUCAAGGUGUGUUUGUUUAAAACAAAAAAAAACAAAAAAGUCAUUAAAAUUUCUAGCUGUUAUAAAAAAAUAAAAACACCACAAGUCAGUGAUUACCCAUGCAUUCAAACCACACAGAAAUAAGUCUCAGGUGAAAUCUCACUUCAAUCUCAUAUAUAAGGAUGUAUAACUUUAUUGUAAAGCAUAAUGACAACCCAAAGGAGUCUGAUAAAUUGCAGGAUAAAUAGUAAAUACCCAUUCAGCAGUACCAAUCAACACGAUAUUACCAGGUCUGCCUUCUUUUUUAAAAAAAUGUAAUUUGUUUUUAAUUUAUAAAACAGAAAUUGGUUACAUAGCCCAUUUUUUUAAAGUCUGCUUUUAAUUUCACCCAUCAAAAGGAACUGCUAAGUACUAGUCUGUUCUCGUGCUUAAUAAAAAUGUAUCAGACUUUGUUUGUUUGCUAAUUAUUUGCAAAUAGCUACAAAAUUAGAUAACAUACAAAUUGAGUUUUAUAGUACAGGAGCAAUAUGCAAUACUGAUGUCCCUUAAAACCAGGUGAAUUAAUCCUACCAAAUGCCUAUAUCUGAAGUACUGUAUUUAUUUUGUACUGUAUAAGCAUUUCUAAACAAUGUGUUGAUCUGGAUUUUGUGUGUGUGUAAUUUAUCACUGAAGAUUUUCAAUGCAUUUGCUUCUUCGAUGAACAACCGCAUUGAUGAUGUUGACUGGACCCUUCUUUUUGGUGAACAAUCACUGACUUUUUAAAAAUGUUUGUAAAUCAUGUGAACUUAACUGGUGCUUUCAUUGUUUUAAACCAAGUAAAAAAAAUAAAAUAAAAAAAUCCAGCAAAUAUUAUGCCAACAUGUGCCCUAGACUAGAGGUGUUUGUAGGCCUUGUGAAGAGUGAUGUCUUUGUACUGUUAAGAUUUCACAGUAAUACCUCGACUGAUUUUUAAAAGGGGUUUUAGGGUAUUUUGUACUUUUAUCGGUGCUACUUUUGUAAUUCUAGUUUUAGAUUUAUUUUAUUUUUUUUUUUUUUUUACUUAUACGUGUACUGUGUUUGGUAAAGGUUUGCCUACGAUAUUGAAUUAAUAACAGUUAUGAUUCAGUAGCUCAAGUUUACAACUUUUUGUUAGAAACUUAUCAUUUCUGUUACCUGUUGUUCUAUGUAUUGUAUGUGUAACUAUAGAAAAUAAAGUGAAUACGGUUCA